UCUGUAUCAAAAAGUCAAAGUAGUGGGUGAGGGGUUGCAGUCUCUCAGUGUAGUAUGAAACCAAUGGGUUUAACCCAAAUUUCAGGAGCUGAUGUGACAUUAACACUGUAGAAAGUAAGUUUGCCAAGAGAAUAUCUCGAAUUAACUUCAAUGGAGGGCUUCAUGAAGUAGAAUAACUCACAGAAUCAAUCACAGAAUUGCCAGGGUUGGAAGGGACCGCAAGGAUCAUGAAUCUCCAACCCCCCUGCCACAUGCAGGGCCACCAAUCAUCCCACCUAAUGCUCCAGUCCUGUUCCCAGGUGUAUUCCUUCUGGUACCUCUUUUUUACAGCCCCCUGUGAGAAGAAGGCGCUGUCCUUGUAAACUAUCAGCUAACAAAGGACUAAAAUUCUGCUCGUGUCCGGUGCUCCUAUUUUCAGGGGAUCUAUUGACCUCCUCUAUUGCUGUGUGCACUCCCUACAAUCACACACUUCUGCACUGCUCAGCAUCCACCGCUUGUCACCUGCCAAGCCCUGUGCAGUUCUUUUACUCCUUUGAGGGAACGGGUUAUGCUUUUUCUGGUGCAGCAACUCAGCACUUCCUAGAAAACGGCACUUUCUGGCUCGAUCGCGGCACACUGCGAAGGCAGCCCUGACCGGGGGCUGGGUGACAUUACUGCUGCUUCUGCUCACACAUCAUUUCUGGGAGCUUCCGUUUGGCUCCGCUGCAAGUAACUGCAUUCCGGCUCCGGCUGAUAGGCAACGCUUUUGGCAGCGCAUCUCCCUCCCUGCUUUUUCGGAGGCCUCCACAGGCCUGCUCCCCCUGCAGCGCGAGCCGCCGGCAGCGGACUCACCCAGCGGCCGGCACAGGACGCUGCCCCCCCACCCUGCCUCGGCGCCUCCUCGCAGGCCUCGCGCUUCACCGACCGGCUCCGCCUUACUCUCACCCGGGAAGGUCGGGCGGAACGGCGGAGCCGCGGCCAUGUCCGGAGCGCCCCCGUGCCCCGUCGUGCGGCAGCAGGUCCGUCCUGCGUCCGCUGCGCCGCGCCCUGAGCCCGCGGAGGUGCGGGAGGCCGCCCGCUGCUUGGUGGUGGACGCUGACGGGAGGAGGAUCCGCUUCGGGGCCUUGUACAGGCGGCAGAAGGCCGUCGUGGUGUUCGUGCGGAAUUUCUUGUGUUACACCUGUAAGGAGUAUGUAGAAGACCUGGCAAAAGUCCCCAAGAGUUACUUACAAGAAGCAAAUGUGAGGCUUAUAGUUAUUGGACAAUCAUCUUAUCAUCACAUCAAGCCCUUUUGCAGUUUAACUGGAUAUACACAUGAAAUGUAUGUAGAUCCACAAAGGGAAAUUUAUAAAAUGCUUGGCAUGAAAAGAGGUGAAGGUAAUGACGUAUCAGUGCAGAGCCCUCAUGUAAAAUCAAGCAUGCUCUUAGGCAGUAUUAAAAGUAUGUGGAGAGCAAUGACUGGCCCAGCUUUUGACUUUCAAGGAGACCCUGCUCAACAGGGAGGAACUCUGAUUUUAGGGCCAGGUAAUGAAGUUCAUUUUUUGCAUCAUGAUAGAAACAGAUUGGAUCAUGUUCCCAUUAAUUCAGUUUUGCAGCUGGCAGGAGUUAAAACAGUAAAUUUCACAAACAAACCCCAGAUUAUUGACAUAUGACAUUGAGGCAGUGUGUCAUUUUUUUUUGAUGCUCCACAAGAAUGACACUCCAGUGAAUUCCCAACAGCUCCAGUACUCUUCAUCUUUAUAGCAUAUCUGAAACUACGUCUGGAAGACCAGAGCACAGAAUAAAUUACUUGGCACUGAAGAGGGACUAAAAUGCUGUUUCCGUUGUAUAUAAGAUAAUAAAAACUAAAAUACAACUGA